CCUUAAAGCACGGUGAUCAUUAUAAUCACCAGAUUUUACAAAACUCUUCUUUCAGUCUGUCAAUGGAGGGAAACAUCUGUUUGAUUUGCGCACUUGCAUGAAUCGCAUGCAACACUGUGAUGUAUUUAUUCGCCAUAUGAGUGUUGUGUAUACAUCUGAAAAAAGGUUCGAUAGCAUUCCACGGCCGAUCACAACUUUUAAGCCAACUCACAACCUCGCUGUCAUACACGCUGCAUUGAUUACCCAACCAUGGUGGUCUAGUACAAGUGAUUUAAAGGGGUAAUGGGAAACUGUCUAGCCCAUAAGAACUGAUCUGUCACCUCUCACACUCUCACUUGUAGUUGAUGAAUGCUCCUGCAUAUAUUCGUAAUCGAGAGUAUGAUCGGUGACCGGAUCCGUCCCUAUCUAUGUAUUGUACUGACAAUGAGAGUGACGGAGUACUCCUUAGUUUCUUUUAAGCCAACUCUACCGAGGACAUUGAUAUCUAACUCUUAAAGAUUGAUGACUCAGUAAAUAAGGAAAAGAGAAUGUACGCAAGGUGAAUCAGUUUACAUGUUGUCAUGUCUCAACGGAAAAAAGCAGCCAGGACAUAAUGUUCCGAGCUGUGAAGUUGUGAACCCUCUUUUCUAAUCUAGACUGCUUUUAACUUUGGGAAAUGCAAAAGUGAA